AUGCAGUCAACGUCAGCAGCGAUUGCGGUAGCAGCCAUGUCAGGCGCUGACCUGGGCGCCAAAGCCAACGACUCCAAAGGACCCAAUGCGGCUGGAAAGAACAACUCCACAUCGGGUGCAUUAAGCAGCAACGGCUUCGACCCAAACGAGGCCAAGUCAUGGAUGCAGAAGCGAUGGAAGGACAUCCAAUCGAGCAGCGCUGACAAGAGGCUGUCUGAGGCACAGAGGCCAGAGACAUAUAAACCCGCACCGGGCACUGUUGGCUCCGCGUGGGGUUCUAACAAGAAGACGAUCAACGAGAGAUUCACCAGCGACCUACUCAAAGCUUCCACAGUGACAGGAAGCGUAAGCCGCUAG